AUGGAGGCGCUCCGAGCGGCAUCGCGCGCGAACGCGGCGCUCCUGCGUAAGGUGCGCGCGCGCGAGCGCGACGCGCGAUGGACGGCGGACGACGCGCUUCGCAUGAGCGCGAUGUUGAAACACGUCCUGGCGCUCUACGUGGGCAUCCUGUUCGGGAUGUACGGCGCGUACGGGUUCGAUUGGACGAUGUGGGGGUCGGCGCUCGUGAACGGACUCGCGUUUUGGAUGCUCAACUCUGGAUGCGAGAUGGAUCUGGAAUCGAUCGGAGAGAGCCAGAGGUUUGUCUUGGACGGGUUCGUGUCGAGCUACGGGUUGAUGAUUUUGACGUGGUGCGGCGUCAGCGCGGCGCUCGGUCGACCGUGGUUCACGUCCGAGGAGAGGUUUCCGAGGUCGUUUCCAGCGUUUUUCGUUCAUUGA